AGUUCACGAUCAGACCUCCUCUCCCAAGUAGCGUCUUCUGUCUCCCUCUCCCUACUGCAAACGGAGAGGCUGAAACCGAUGCUUAUCCUUUUUUAGUUUUAAGUUUUUUUUUUUCAAAAGAAUAUUUAACCGUCUUGUAGGUUAAUUCACCACUUACUUGCAUGAGGACCACUGAAAAAAGAUGACUUAUUCGACAUUUUUUCUAACUUUUUUGGGCUUUUGGGCAGGGUCGCUAACUCAAGAGGUCCUUUCCAAAACGUUUUAUGGAGACUGUCCUGUGGAUCUUUUCUUUGUACUGGAUACAUCUGAAAGUGUGGCCUUGAGGAUCAAACCUCCAGAAUACUAUAUCAGCCAGAUUACAGGUUUCACUGUGUCUUUCAUCGACCAGCUACAACAAAGUUUCUACCGCUGUGAUCGGAAUCUGGUGUGGAAUGCUGGAGCCUUACACUACAGCGAUGUAAUAGAAGUCAUUCAAGGACUCAGCUCAAUGCCGAGUGAAAAAUCGCAGCUGAAGCAAAAUGUGAAGAACAUCAAAUACAUCGGGAAGGGCACCCACACUGACUGCGCCAUCAAGAGUGGUAUUGAAGAGCUGCUUAUUGGGGGGUCUCAUCAUCGAGAGAACAAGUACAUGAUUGUGGUGACUGAUGGACAUCCCCUUGAAGGCUACAAAGAGCCCUGUGGUGGCUUGGAAGAGGCUGCCAAUGAAGCAAAACACCUCGGAAUAAAAGUGUUUGCUGUGGCCAUCUCACCUGAUCACCUGGAAACAAGGCUCAACAUUAUUGCAACUGACUACCACUACAGACGGAACUUCACUGCAGCAGGUCCCAUAGGUUCCCCACUACAGGAUCAAAAAGAUACAAUUAGAACCAUUAUUGACACCAUGGUCAAGGAGUCAGAACAAGUGUGCUGUUCCUUUGAGUGUCAGCCACAAAGAGGCACUCCUGGAAAUAAAGGAGAGGAAGGAUUUCAGGGUGAGUCAGGGAGGUCUGGACUACCUGGAGAGAAGGGAGACGUAGGCGAAGCGGGAAGACCUGGUGAUCCUGGACCAAUUGGUUAUCAAGGCAUGAAGGGAGACAGAGGUUCCCGUGGUGACAAGGGAGAAAGGGGUCCCAAGGGCUACAAAGGUGACAAGGGGAGACAUGGAAUUGAUGGAGUCGAUGGCGGAAAGGGUGAGGCUGGAUACCCCGGACUUUCUGGAUGCAAAGGAUCUCCGGGACCUGAUGGUGAGGUGGGAGAUCCAGGACCGAAGGGAGAUCCUGGGCCCUAUGGCAGAAAAGGAGAAAGGGGUGAGCCUGGGAGAAACGGAACUAGGGGAAGACCUGGAAACAACGGUGCACCUGGAGUCAAGGGUUUGCCAGGACCAAAAGGAAGUAAUGGCGAGAAAGGAGAAAGAGGGGAUGACGGUGAACCUGGUCCAGAUGGAGAGGUUGGAGAAAAGGGUGGCCGUGGGGAGAAUGGACCACAGGGGCGUCCAGGAGUCAGGGGACCCAGAGGAGAGCCUGGUGAAAAAGGAAACCCAGGAGAACCAGGGCGUGAGGGACCAGUGGGAAUAAAUGGAGACCCGGGUGAACCUGGUCGCCUAGGACCAAAAGGGUACAAGGGAGAUGAGGGACCUGCAGGACCUGAGGGCUUGAAAGGAACAAGAGGUCCCAAAGGCACCCCUGGAGAUCCUGGACUGAUGGGACAAAGAGGAGAAGAUGGUUCCCCAGGCACUGGGACAGAAGGAUUCCCUGGCUUCCAGGGUUAUCCAGGACGUAGAGGAGAACAAGGAUUAGAAGGUCCAAAGGGCUACCCUGGACCAAAAGGAGAUGAAGGAGAGCCAGGAGUCCCCGGUGAAGAUAAUAAUAUCCCUGGACCUCCAGGUGCAAAUGGACCAAAGGGCCACAGAGGACCCGAGGGGAAUCCUGGACCACCUGGCCCUCCUGGCCCUCCGGGUGCUGAUGAAUGUGAAGUUUUGGAUAUCAUCAUGAAGAUGUGCUCUUGUUGUGAAUGCAAAUGUGGACCCAUUGACCUUGUCUUUGUAGUAGACAGCUCAGAGAGCAUUGGCCAUCAAAACUUUGAGCUUUCUAAAGAGUUCAUUGUCAAGGUCAUUGACAGACUAAGCAAGGAUGAGCGAGUCAAGUUUGAUGGGCAGGAGUCCCGUGUUGGCGUUGUUCAAUACAGCCAUGAAUAUACGCAGGAACUUAUAACAUUGGGAGAUGCUAACAUUACAUCCAUCAGAGAACUAAAAGCAGCUGUGAAGAAUAUGAAGUGGAUAGCUGGCGGCACUUACACUGGAUCAGCACUUCAGUUCUCACUGGACAACCUCAUUGUUCAGUUACAGAAGGAUAACCGGGUGGUCCUGGUGUUGACCGAUGGACGCUCUGACACUAGCCGAGACCCCACAAAGCUCUCAGUGUUGUGUGACCAUAAUGUCCAGGUGGUUGGUGUCGGUGUAGGGGAUGUUUUCCGGAAAACACCCAACAUAGAACAACUUGGCCAAAUGACAUGUGCUAGUGCACCAAAACCUGGUAUCACUCUGCAAAGAGACAACUACGCGGAGCUUCUGGAUGAGUCCUUCCUACUGAACCUAACUUCACACAUCUGUCAAGAAAAGAAAUGCCCAGAUUACACCUGUCCAAUUGCUUUUGACAGUGAUGCAGACAUCACUAUCAUGAUGGACAGUUCUACCAGCGUUGGAAGCCGCAAUUUUCAGACCAAAAAGAAGUUUGUGAAGCGUCUGGCAGAGCGUUUUCUCAAUGCUAAGAAGCAGUCAAAUGCUGAGGUGCGGGUUUCUAUAGGCCAGUACAGUGGCAGGGAUCAGCAAAAAAUUGAAGUCCCCUUUUCGGAGAACUUCACUGAAAUAGCAGCCAGGGUUGAUAAAAUCCAGUUCCUCAACGAAGCCACAGAUGUCUCGGAGGCCCUCAGCUUCUUGAUAUCAAAGUAUUCAGGGAGCAGGUUUGGGGUCAAAAAGAAGAUCCUUAUUUUCUCGGACGGGCGAUCCCAAGGAAUCACAGAAAGCAUUAUAGAGAAGCGAGUGCGAGAAGCUGAUGCAAUAGGGAUCACAUUGUAUGUUUUAGCAGUUGGCAACCAAGUGAAUGAGGCAAACCUGCGCCACUUAGUCAGCCGGGGGAGACCCUACGAUGUUGCCUAUGCCCAGCGUCACCUCUUCAGGGCUCCUGACUAUCCUUCUCUGUUGAGAGGGGUGUUUUAUCAAACUGUGUCAAGAAAAAUGUCAUUGAAUUGAGAGGGUUGAAGGCUGGGUAGGCUGGGGGGGAAGUUGACCACGAGCUUUUCUGUGCAAAUUAUAAUUAGAUCCUUUAGGGGACUUUUUGUAUUUUUCUUUUAUUUUAAUACAGAUCACAGUUUGUGCAAACAUUAAAAAGGUAUAAUUCAUGGGUUUUUUAUGUCUGUAAGAAAAACAAAAUAUGGAAAUCAUUCUAAGUAACCAGUUAUUUUUAAGCAGAUCAAAGCAUCCUUCAAGGGUAGCUUGCUAAUGGUACACAUAAACUCAUAUACAUUUUAUCUGAAGGAGCUGAGAAAAGGGAGUGACAGAAUUUAAAGAUUUAUGUGAGUAUUUUGGCAAUAUGAAAGUAGGAAACUUCUCCUUGAAAGGGAGACUUAACACGUCUGAAACCAGUUUAUAUAGUAUUUGACUAAAAGAGACGUCAUAAGGAGUCUGAUGAUUUUUAAUUGUUUUAAACUUGCAUUGCUGAUCAAAAAGAAAUUAUUUUCUGUUCAAUGCAGAGCUCCAUGUGCAGUAUGUUAAUGAAGGCAGAAAUUCAAAUGUAGGUUGAAAAAACAAAUGGAAAAUAAUGAGACUUUUUAUGCUGUAUUUAAUUGUUUCAACAUUUAUUUGUGGUUUUUUUUAUUACAAGGAUAUUUUUCUUCUACUCCAAAAGUUACCUGAUUUGUAGUAUAAUUGUAUUCAAUAGCUAUUUGUUGAAAUAACACUACAUUACUAUUUUGUGUUUCUACAUACAGUACAUACUAUACAGUAAAUUUCUUCUGAUACAUUCUGUGCUGAUGGUGAGUAAACAGUGCUGUGACCAGAACUUAUGAAAUCAUUUACAAUUAUAUAGAAUCAAUAGGAUUAAUUGUGCCUGGUAGCUUUUCGCUCCCACUCAUUUUUUCCAUUUCUGCACACUAUAUGCCUGUAUUUACAUUUUAGAGACAAAAACAUUUUGCAUUUUGUUACUAGAAUAUUUGGUGCUACUUCAGGCUUCCCUGUUUUUUUUAAUUUUUAUAAUAAAAAUGGAUUUGAAUGGUGCUUUAAAAGAAAUGCUAUAUUAACAAAGAUUAAGUUUUGAAGUUUAAACACAUUUUAAACAUUUUUAAGACAUCAGAAACAGUGAAAACUUUACAGCUCAUUUGUCACUGAAAAGAUCUUUCUAUGUAAAUCCUUUGUUCCUGCAACUAAAUAAACAAUUAAAGUUCCUUCACCAAAUA